AUGGAUGCAAACUUGCAAUAUUGUUCAGAGUGUAUGAAGAAUAAUGUCGUUACGCCUUUGGAGACGUUCAAAGUUAAUUUUUCUGAAUAUUUGAUAAUGUGCCCCAAUAAAAAGAGAUCGUCAUGGAGUCUUUCCAAUGGCUUGUCAAAGCAUUUCAGCAUUGUUGUAACCUUGAACGCUCGUUACAACCAACACCAUUGUUAUAACUUCAAUGAUCUCUAUAUUUCCAACACCAAAGUUGUAGCUUCGAACGAUUGUCAACGUUUCAGCAACCCCUCCCCAACACGACUUCACCGUUCUGGGUUUUUGCCUGGGGAGCAGUCCUCGCCGGCCGGCCUGCUCCGUAUGCUAUUACUGCAGGCCGGCAUUGAAUCCAACCCAGGUCCGAAGAUAUGGAUCUGCGAGAUAUGUAACAAACGUGUCAACAAAACCCACAACUCUGUCCGCUGCAGAACAUGCUGCAAGUGGACACACCUCAACAACUGCACCACUAACUUAGGAAGUUAUUAUCUCUGUAAUAACUGUCCUAACCCUACUACAAUUCCUGGCUCGCCGGUGCGUGGUGCGCAACCCAAUCGUCUCAUCAUCCGCAAUAAAACAUCUGCAACACCCAACAUCAAUCUAAUCUCGCACUCGGACAGCAAGCUGAAUAUUCUUCAAUUCAACUGCAACGGUCUCAAGAAUAAGAGUGCCGAGAUUGCUCAUCACCUAUCCAUACACAAUAUCUCAAUCGCCGCCCUUCAGGAGACGAAACUUUCAACUCGCUCUGCUGUUCAAGAAUUAUGCUAUAUACCGGAAAGACCGGAAAAGUGGUCGUGGCGGCGGCCUCAUGAUGCUGAUACAUUAUAA